GGGCGAUUUAAGCCCGCCUUCUAUUGGCUAGCCGUAUGUCAAUCAUAUAGCAACGCCAAUCAUGGUAGAUAGGACACCUUGUACACUGUAUCAUUUGGCUGAGCAAAGCUAGCUAAACAAUUAUCUGGAGCACCAAGGGGAAAGAGUUUAGUAAUUGGUGCUAACUUCGGCUGUACUCGUUUUGUCGACGUUUUGGUUGUGUUUUUUAUUUUCUUACGAGUGUAUCCAGGUCGUGGGAAACCUCAUCGCUGCCUUACAGAUGUGGAUACAGUAGCUACUCUGGGUAUAUAACUCAUUAUCAUCACAGUCGUCAUCAUCAUCACCAUCAUCAUCAGAAAUUUUUUGGGGCGGGGCUGGAUCACAUUAGGAACUCUGAGUGGAUGACUUGCGGCCUCAACGUACCAUGAUCUGAAGGCCCUGCCUGGAGGCCUUGCUCCUUCCUUUCUUCCGUUUUUCUCUGUGGGAGGAGAGCCGAAAGUCCAGCUGCUUCAGGUGGAGCGGGGAGAGCAAAGGACAGUGUGUGGGUGUGAGAGAGAGAAGGACGCGUGCCUCACUGCCAUUUGAGGUCCUGUACCCUCCUCAGGACAGGCACAACCUCUGACCUCUGAUCUCAUCACAAGCUCCACCCUGCCCCAACUCCUGCCCAGCCAAUCAGAGCAGACAUGGGGAGGAAAAAGAUCCAGAUCCAGCGAAUCACAGACGAACGGAACAGACAGGUGACGUUCACCAAAAGGAAGUUUGGCCUGAUGAAAAAGGCUUAUGAGCUGAGUGUGUUGUGUGACUGCGAGAUCGCGCUCAUCAUCUUCAACCACUCCAACAAGCUCUUCCAGUAUGCCAGCACCGACAUGGACAAAGUGCUGCUCAAGUACACCGAGUACAAUGAGCCACAUGAAAGCAGGACCAAUGCAGACAUUAUAGAGGCUCUGAACAAGAAAGAGCACCGGGAUUCGGAAAGCCCGGACCCUGAGGAACCCUUCUCACUCACGCCUCGUACUGAGGAGAAGUACAAAAAGAUAGACGAGGAGUUUGAUAAAAUGAUGCAGAGCUAUAGACUGUCAUCUGCAGUGCCGCCACCAACUUUCUCCAUGCCAGUCACAGUGCCGGUGUCCAAUCAGAGUCCUCUCCCCUUCAGCAAUCCCAGUAGCCUCGUCACCACCUCCUUCGUCACCUCCACGCUCACAGAUCCACGCCUGCUGUCACCACAGCAACCACAGCUGCAGAGGAACACAGUGUCUCCUGGCCUGCCGCAGAGACCCGCUAGUGCAGGUGCUCUUCUAGGAGGUGACCUGAACAAUUCAAAUGGAGCAUGUCCGAGUCCAGUGGCUAAUGGCUACAUCAGUGCCAGGGCCUCCCCAGGCCUCCUCUCUGUCUCCAACGGCAACAGCAUGGGGAAAGUAGUUCCGGCCAAGUCUCCCCCUCCGCCCAGCCCUCAGAUGGUGAACAGUCGUAAGCCGGACCUCCGGGUCAUCACCUCACAAAGCAGCAAGGGCCUCAUGCAGCUGACAGAUGAGGAGCUGGAGUUGAAUGCUCAGCGGUUGGGUGCCUCCCAGGUGACCCAGCCUCUCACCACUCCAGUGGUUUCUGUGGCAACGCCCAGCCUCUUGACCCCAUUCUCUAUGCCAACUGCCUACAACACAGAGUAUCAGCUAACGAGUGCAGAUCUCACAGCCCUUCAGGCCUUCACGCCGCAGGGUGCGCUGUUGCCAAGCAACGUAACUACUUGGCAACAGCAGCAGCAGCCAUCAGUAUCUCAGCAACCACAGCAGCAGCCAUCAGUAUCUCAGCAACAGCCUCAGCAACAGCAGCAUCAGCAGCAACCACAGCAGCUCAGCCUGGCUUCACUCAGUAACCUUGUCAUGUGGGGUGCAGACAAACAGAACGGGGAGAUGGCUAACUGCAUCUCCGGUCUGGCUGCUAACCUCAGUGUGACCUCACAGGCCAGCUUACUCUUGGGCAGAGAGGAAGGGCUCAGCUGGCCGGUGGGUCCUAUCCCUCAUGGUGCCACUCUGACGGUGAACACUAACCCCAGCGUGAGCAUCAAAUCUGAGCCUGUUUCUCCUAACCGUGACCGAAGCACCCCCAGCUCUACGGGCGGGUCGGUGGCACCGGGUUCAGUGACAGGGUUGACAGUCACCCAGUACCCGGGGGCACUGCGUCUGGAGCCUACCGGCCGCUCUCCAGUUGACAGCAUCAGCAGCAAUGGCAGCUCAUGCGAGGGCAGUGACCGGGACGACGGAGGCCAGGCACGAGCUCCUGAUUUCAGCGCCACUGCUCUGGGGCCUAUCCGAGCCUCCGGAGAGCAGGCAGCCUCUUCGGAACCGCAGGAGGGAGCCAACAUCAAGCGCAUGAGACUGGAUACCUGGGUCACAUAAACACACAAGCAAAUGAGAGAGAGCUACCCUCUUUCACACUUAUAUACACUUACACAAACACACACGCACCCCACCUCCCCUGUGACACACGCUUCUUUCAGCUGCACCCGGCACACAUGCAUGAGUCCACUUAUGCACACUCGUUUUCAACUUUUCUCAGCCUCUGUUUCUCUCUCUCACGAUACUGGUCUUCUUAUAUGUACACGCACACAAAAAGAUGGACAAAGUCGCCAAUCCAUGUGCACAUGAGUUAACCCGCAGGGAACCGGACGGUUCUGUCGAGACGUAGGGUUGGACGUUUGGGUCUCUUCAAGGGGAUGCUGGCCUCACUGACCUCUGCUCAGUCCUUGUCCUCACCCUUGGUCCUCUCUGCACUGACAUGCUUUACCUUUUUGAUCCAAGUCCAGCCGUACUGUUCUGGUGAAACCGUUUAUGACAACCAAACUGAAGCCGCUCGUUGUGUUGUGUAGAAUAGCCGCUCACUGAAGCUGUUUUCCAGGUCAUGUUAUUGUUGUUUGCGGUUUUUUCUCUCUUGCGUUUUCUUUUUCCUGUGUGCGUGUGUAUGUGUGAGAUGACUUGUGUUUGCUGUUUAUCUUUUUGACUCUCUACACUCUUCUUCUUUUCGCUACCAUUGCUCAAACAGCUGCCUAUAGUAUUGACUUUCAGUAUGUUUGAUAAUGCCAUAUGCAUUGUUUUAAUCACAUUUGAUCAGGACCUGCGUCUCAUAAAUAAUGCAAAAGGUUAAGUCUGAAGCUCUCAUGUACAGCUAGCCUAAUCAAGAUUUGAAAAACAAAAUAAGCAGUGUGCGUAUUUCAGGGAAGAACUAUGGUGAUUUGAUGCAACUAAGUCCAUGAGGUAAACUCAUUGGCCUACAUAGAUUUUGGGGACAGACUGAGAAUAAUAUAUAUGUGUGUGCGUAUGUGUGUAAACAGUGAGACAGAGAUACAGGUAAAUAGCCAAGUGCUCAGUUCCAGUUUCAAUGUUUUGUUUCUUUCUUGUUUUUGCUUUUCAUCACCGACUUGCACCAAAUUCAUCACCAGUGCACCUUCAAAUGGAGAGCUCUUGGUAGCUCCUCAUGAGUAGGAGAGGUGACCGCGUGUUUUUUGUUUUUUUUUGUUUUUUGGUUGUUGUUUCCAGUUUCAUCACUUUUGUAUACGCAAUUACGUAUGUUUGUACGUAUGGUAUAGUCAGGUGGAAAUGUAGCCCUAUUUGUACAAUUUGAAAUCCAGUCCUGAUAUUAAAUACAAGUGUAUACACACAUUGCUCAGCUGGAACACUCUACGUUUUUAGAGUGGGCAGCUGUAUUAGUGUCACUACCGCUGGUUUACGUGAGAAGCAGCCUAACACAUUCUGUAUUUAUUACUUGUUUGUCUGGCUGCAAAGUUUUUGUUUGUUUUUUUUUUGUUAGUUAAUCUUAUGAAACAAGUAUUCUUAAAUUGUUGUUUUAAGGAGCCAGAAGAGUUUAGAAACAAUCUGAGCCAUUAAGGGCUCAGGGCCGUGGGUUUGUAGGCUUUCAAAGCGUGUAAAUACCCGGGCCCCCCCCCCCCCCCCCACACCAUGUUCCUGUAAAGGCUCUUGUGUACUGAGAGGAGAGGAUUGGAGAGCGUGCAAUGAAACCAUGACGUGGCUUUGGCCUCAAAAUGCAGUGGAAUAGAGCUCUGCUUGAGUUUUAGAACUCUGAACACAGUGGCGCAAAGAAUCUAAAAUAGUCUGGGGCAUUCCAGAUAUGGAGUGGAGCCUGGCUUUAUAUGCUGCGUUGAGGAUAAGCCAGGCAAAGGGGACUGUACAUAGAGAUAUGUGUAUGAUCAUACACAUUGUGCUGGAUCUGCCUGAAGCAGAGAUAUAACUCUCAGUGGAGCUGUCUUUCUAUUUCUAUGUGUAAAUAAACUACUAUGUUGCAAGCGAGCUGGGUAGAGAUACAGCAAGGGACACAGACAUGGAUAUGACUGUUUAGGAGUGAAUCUUUUUUCUUUUUUUCGGAUUAUUCUGAUGGAGUGCACUUUAAAUCAACCCCCAGCGUCCCAACGUACCAACCCUUUACCCUCUUUACUAGUCAGGUCUUUCAUAAAACGGGGGUUCUCUUCUGCUCAUCCUACAUCACCGCCUCCAACCUCCCUCCAUGCAUACGUGCGCUUGCCAGAGAGGACUUCUCCAGAAUCCACGCCUCAUUGCCCUCAUUUCCUCUCUCACUUGAUCACUUUGAUCAAUGGAUUGCCGCCUGCCAUUGCUUCCAUUUCCUUCUGCUCCACGCUGGCUUGACUACAGGGCUUUCAGUCUCACGCAGAACUGCAGGACUGUCCACGAUGGACUGCCUAAAGAUGUGGUCUGAUGGGGCUCUGCAUUAAAGGCUCACUCCAUCCCUCCUCUCAGAGACCAUUGCGUGCCAUUCAGGGAAGAAGAUGUUCCUGUGUGAUUAUGGCCCCAUGUUUCAUGUCUCAGUUUUGACGGUGAACAAUUAUUGAAGACCUAAAAAUGUCACCUUUUGUAAAAAAAAAAAAAAAAAAAUGAAAAAAAAGAAAAGAACGAACGUUGUAAACAUAAUAGAUUAGACUUGACACGUGUUGCAAAUGUGCAAUUCUCAAAGCGCAAAAAAAGAGAAAUGUCUAUUAUUUAAACAAUGAUGUACACAAAUUGUUUUAUGGUGCAUUAGUGUAGUGCAUAAGUGAAUAGAAUGAAGGAAGUCUCUUUGAUAUUGAUAAUGAAGAAUAGGGUGGGUUUAGAGAUCCAGCAGUCACUGUUCAAAGUCUAGGGACAGAAUAUGGCAAGUUUUUAAAAUGACUUUGAUUGUGCUGUAUGUGUAUUUGUAUCCCAAAUCUUUAGCCUCUAUUAUGGCAUUUUCCCUCAAAGCUCUAUCUAUGAAAUGAUUGGAAAAGAGAUUAGCUGUGUCAGAUCUAAUGAGAUGCUUUACUUGCUCCUUAUAAAGGUGUUCCCCAAAACUAGAGUAAACCUGAGCUUAGAGCUUGCUUAAUUUGGUUGUUCUCUCAGCUUACAUAUUGAAAUAGCUCACUCAUGUCCACUCAGGUAAGACCUGCUUUGGCAGUCUUAUUUUUUUUUCUUUACCUCACUUUCCCCCUUCUCCAUACUCCAGCAUCUCUCACUCACUUUCUCUCACUGUCCUUCUGUCUUACGCUUGUGGAAGAUUAACGCUUUAAGCGCAAGCAGCCGUCUCGCCUAAAACCACCAUGACCAGUAACCCAUCUCUGUCAGCCAAGAUUAAACUUACUCAUACACAAAUUCAGAUGCAGUACUGUAUGAUUUUGGGUGUACCUUUGAGGGUGGUCAGUGAGAGCACGCACUUUUGGUGGCUGUGUGCAAGCUUCAAGCCUGAAAUCUGCUCAGCGCAGUCAGAUCUAUAGAACUUUGAUAUCAUUCUAGAACUCGUAACCUUGAAAGUUUAUAGGAAUGCAGGAGGGCUUAGUCUGGAGGCCAGAGCCGUGAGGAGAGAGUGGCACCACAUCUAUAGUUUUUUCCAGUCCUAGUCUAGGAGGACCCCUGUAUUGCACAGUGUAGUUUCUCCUGAUCUUGCACACUCAAGUAAUUUUAUAUGCAUUCAGGCUCUCUCGUUAGCUGAUGAGUUAAUGCAGUGAGCGUGCAUUACAGAGCUCCUCUAGGACCAGGAUUUAGAAAGACUCUUCCUAUAGAACAGUGCAACAGAUCCUAGCCCCUUCUGGUCAGCAUGUUGGAACACCUGUAGACAUUAAGACUGAGCUUUGAACAAAUUCGCUGAUUUCUGAGGAGUGUGUUUGGUGUGAUGUUCAUCAGCUCUGGAAAGGAUCUCUUGGUAAUGGUAGGAGUCAUCAUAAUCAAAAGGAAAGACAAUCGUCACGUGAAUAGUUAACUUUUGCCCCCUCAUAUCCCCCAUGUAUGAUGAUGUUUAGAGAAUCUCAAUUUUUUCUAGUGUUAAUUUGUGCUGGUGACAGUUCUAUUGUCUGUUUUUAUUAUAAUUGUUAUAAUGAUUAUCAUUACCAUUACAGUUAUCAUCUUUGAUGAUAAUGAUAAUUUUUUUAUUUUCUGAAUUUUUUUUUCAUGUAGCUUAGGCAUCUUAUUUUAUUUGAAUUUGAUUUUAUUUUAUUAUACAUGAAAUACUAUAUAAAUGUCUUUUUCAGUUUUUUGUUUGUUUUUUUUGUUUGUUUUUCUUUUUUCUUCAAAGGGGUGUUACUAAUAUUGCACGAUUCAUUAAGUAAAACAAAAUGACAGUAGUGAUAUAAAUACUUAUUGGUAACUGAGGGAAGUGCUCAACAAGUUGAAAGAAUGACCAGUUCAAUGCUGCAAUUUUUAGUCAAUUGUACAAAACUGUCUCUACACAUAGAGGAGUAGAGAUAUCCACUUGAUUAAUUUAUUCAGAUCAGACACAGAUGUCAAUGCAUGGGCGUAAAAACAAGCAAAGAAUGAGUCAUAUUAUAAAGAAACUGAAAUGUAAUUUCAUUAAGAAUAUACACCACACACAACUAGAAUAGAAAUUGAAGAAAAAAGUUUAAAAAGAAAAAUGAUAGCUAAUAUAUUGUGUUCGGCUAGUCUGCUUUGAGUUUUGUUGUAAACAAAAAAAAUAUUUUCUGUUGUUUUCGGAGAAUGAUAUACAAUUUGUGUAUAUUUUCAUAAACAAAGUAUGCACUGAUAUGUUAUUACAAAUUAUAUACUGCUUUUACAAAAAAGUGUUUGUUAUUGUACCAAAGUAUCCAUUUGUCCUUUAUGACCCUGCCCUUUUGCGUAUGUUUUACCGUAUUUUAUAUAUUAAAUAGACAAGUUGACCUACAAAGAA